AUGGCGCUCCAACAAGGCUGGGCUAACUCUCCCAACUCGGCCCUUGAAUUCGUCGUGAAAGACUCGUUCAAAAACUUAAGAGACUCCGUCAACGACGGCUCCACUGCGGCCUUCAUGUGGGAAUGGACUCGGGAGAAGUCAAGUUUAUCGGCAGCCAGCCCACGCCCUGGGAAUCUUGUCGCCGCGUCCCCUGAAUUGGUCGAUCCCGAGCUCCUGGCACCCGAGAAGCUGCGGUUAUUCUUGAGCAAACUGGACAAAUCGAUCCACAGGUUCGGGACCGAACUCGGGAUCCGUAGCCCCGAGGACGUCAAAUACAUCCAGGACAAGUUCCAUCAAAAGGAGGAAGACGUUAAAGAAUGGAUGAAAGGCGUCAGUUAUCCGAAGAAAACUCACGAGAUCUCUCAGAAGACCUUGCAGGAAACCGUCAAGGAUUUGGGACUGGCCGGAGUCAUCCUGGACGCCAGCAAGGUGGUGAUACCUGACCAACUCGUCAACACUGAUGUCGCCAAGGUGACCCAAACCUGA